AUGGGCCGGAUCUCGGGGCUCGUGCCUUCUCGCUUUCUGACGCUCCUGGCGCAUCUGGUGGUCGUCAUCACCUUAUUCUGGUCCAGGGACAGCAACAUCCAGGCCUGCCUGCCUCUCAAAUUCACCCCUGAAGAGUAUGAGAAGCAGGACAUUCAGCUGGUGGCAGCGCUCUCUGUCACCCUGGCCCUCUUUGCAGUGGAGCUGGCUGGUUUCUUCUUAGGAAUUUCCAUGUUCAACAGCACCCAGAGCCUCAUCUCCAUCGGGGCUCACUGUGGUGCAUCUGUGGCCCUAUCCUUCUUCAUAUUUGAGCGUUGGGAGUGCACCACAUAUUGGUACAUUUUUGUCUUUUGCAGUGCCCUCCCAGCUAUCACCGAAAUAACAUUAUUCAUCAGCGUCUUCGGGCUGAAAAAGAAACCUUUCUGA